UAAACCCUUUUCUCUUCCCAUACAAAAGAGCAUCCAGUAAAACUUACCGUUAGCAGCUCCCCUUCUCCUCCUUCCAUUACCAAAAGAGACAAACCAAGAAAAGCCUCUCUUCUUCCUAAGAGAGGCGUUUCUAGAGACCCUUUAUCACAUAACACUCAAAUCCUGCUCAAUCUGAACUCGGAAUUGUUUCAAAGCUCAAAAACAAAAAAGCAAAAAAUGGAUACAUCGCAAAGAAGAAAGAGCGGCAUUAAUCUGCCAGCCUCAAUGUCUGAGACCUCUUUACGCCUCAAUAACUUCUCUUCUUCUCCAAAGAGGGGAUCAUCAUCUUUCAAUUUGUCGUCCCCUUUGAAGUCAAUGUCGCCAAGGACUAUAUCAAACUUGUCGUCGUCUUCGUCACCGUCGAAAUCUGUGGCUGCAUGCAGUGACAGGUUCAUUCCGUGCAGAUCGUCGUCUAGGCUACACACUUUUGGGCUAAUCGAAAAGGCAUCGCCGGUGAAGGAGGGAGGAGGAGGGGGAAGUGAGGCCUAUACGAGGUUGUUGAGAAGCGAGCUUUUUGGGACUGAUUUUGGGUUUUCUGAUUUUUCUGCAGGUAAUGUGAAAGGAGGGUCUCCAAUGAGCACAAGCAGGAAUAUGCUGAGGUUCAAGACUGAGCAUUCUCCGGGACCUAAUUCUCCUUACUCGCCUUCGAUUCUGGGACAGGACAGUGGGCUCUCCGGUGAGGUCUCAACUCCUCCCAAGCCACCUAGGAAGGUUCCCAAGACUCCCCACAAGGUUCUAGAUGCUCCUUCCCUUCAAGAUGACUUCUACCUGAACCUAGUGGACUGGUCUUCUCAGAAUGUCCUUGCUGUUGGAUUGGGAACUUGUGUAUAUCUAUGGAGUGCUUCAAAUAGUAAAGUGACGAGGUUGUGUGAUUUGGGACCUAACGACGGAGUCUGCUCAGUCCAAUGGACAAGAGAGGGGUCAUAUAUAUCAAUUGGCACAAAUCUUGGUCAAGUUCAGGUUUGGGAUGGAACUCAGUGCAAGCGCGUUAGAACAAUGGGAGGGCAUCAAACAAGAACCGGAGUACUAGCAUGGUCUUCGCGCAUAUUAUCCUCUGGAAGUAGAGAUCGAAACAUCCUCCAACACGAUCUUCGUGUUCCAAGUGAUUUUAUUAGCAAGCUUGUUGGGCACAAGUCUGAGGUAUGUGGGCUGAAAUGGUCUCAUGAUGACCGCGAACUCGCAUCUGGUGGCAAUGACAAUCAGCUAUUGGUGUGGAAUCAGCGCUCCCAGCAACCCAUUUUGAAACUGACAGAGCAUACAGCUGCUGUGAAGGCCAUUACCUGGUCGCCUCACCAGAGUGGUCUUCUUGCAUCUGGAGGAGGAACUGCUGAUCGGUGCAUUCGCUUUUGGAAUACGACCAGCGGCAAUCAAAUAAAUAGCGUGGACACCGGAAGCCAGGUAUGCAAUCUAGCAUGGAGUAAAAAUGUAAAUGAGCUGGUCAGCACUCAUGGAUAUUCUCAAAAUCAAAUUAUGGUGUGGAAGUAUCCAUCAAUGGCAAAGGUUGCGACUCUAACUGGACAUAGUUUGCGAGUACUCUACCUUGCAAUGUCUCCUGAUGGGCAGACUAUAGUGACUGGAGCAGGGGAUGAGACAUUGAGGUUUUGGAAUGUAUUUCCGUCUGUGAAGACACCGGCACCGGUUAAGGAUACUGGGCUGUGGUCUUUAGGCAGAACUCAAAUUCGAUGAAAGGUGCUUUGAAUUAUCAUGUAAAUGUGAAUACAUAUACAUACAUACUCGUCAGGUGCAACUGUCCAGGGUGAAACCGAGUGUUGAUUUCUUUCUGUUUGUUCAGGAAUUGUAAAUUCAAGUCUCUUUCAAAUUGUGCAGUAUUUUUAUCACAUAACGAGAAACACAAACAAUAUAUUACAAGUUUAUGCUAUUCUGAUACCUUGAAUUAACAGUGGAAAGAUUAUUCAGCCAUAAUA